GCCACUGCCCUUUUUAUGAAGAAGCCAUGCAUUUAGUUGAAGAAGGGAAAAUUUACUCAAGAGUGCUUAGAACUGAAAUGUUGGAGUGCCUAGGAGACAGUGAUUUUCUUGCCAAACUUCACUGUAUUCGACAGGCUUUUCAGGUAAUACUUUCAGAAACAGCCAACAGGAUAUUCCUUGCUGAGAGUGGAAGGAAAAUUUUAUCAGCAUUAAUUGUGAAAGCACGAAAGAAUCCAAAGAAGUUUGAAGAUGUUUUUGAUGAAAUGAUCUAUUUUUUAGAGCAAACUGAUCACUGGGAUAGUACUGAAAUGGAACUUGCUGCUAGAGGAGUGAAAAAUCUAAAUUUUUAUGAUGUUGUUCUGGAUUUUAUAUUAAUGGAUUCCUUUGAAGAUUUAGAAAACCCACCCACAUCCAUACAGAAUGUAGUAAAUAACCGCUGGCUAAACUCCUCCUUCAAAGAAACUGCUGUGGCUUCAAGUUGUUGGUCAGUGCUGAAACAGAAAAGGCAACAGAUGAAGAUCCCAGAUGGAUUUUUUGCCCAUUUUUAUGCCAUUUGUGAGCAGAUCAGCCCUGUCCUCGCCUGGGGCUUUUUGGGUCCUCGAAAUUCUCUCUAUGAUUUAUGUUGCUUCUUUAAGAAUCAAGUUCUUUUCUUUCUCAAAGACAUUUUUGACUUCGAGAAGGUGCGCUAUUCCAGUAUAGAGACUUUGGCUGAAGACCUCAUGCAGUUACUUACUCGCCGCACCGAACUGUUAAUGGCCUAUCUUGGAGCUGAUGCACUGAGGCAUACAAGUAGCUGUCUAAGUAGUCAUGGUCAUGUUAUGUCCAGUGGCCUGUUGGAAGCCAAAGUACAAUAAGUACCAUAAAAACCAUACAAUUGGAGUGUGCU